AUGGCUCCAUCCAGUAUCCUCUGGCAAAACGACCGCAAAACGGUGGUCCUACUCGACCUCCCACGGUCAAUUGAGGAAGCUCAAGUCCCUUCGAGUCAGCUGACUGCCGGUAAUGGUGAAGCCCCAAUCAAGCUGCGCAGGCUAGUCUCGGCAUUGCCCCCGGCAUGCCCUUUCCCGACCCCGGAGCCCCGGAAGGCGGGCGGAUCCGAACCGCCGACCGCGUCGCCCUCAGCGCAAGUGGCUGAGCUGAUGACCCAAGCGGCGGUGGAAUCCGCCCUGGAAGAGAUCAAGGCGUCGUCAUAUGACGGACCCUGGUGCCUCCCACGCAUCUUGACAAACCCAACCCAGCCCCAGAAGCCGCCCCCAACAAGCUCACGUGCCACUCCCCCGGCAGCAGCAGCAGCAGCAACAGACAACAACCCCCCUCACAACAACAACCACCAUCCCUCCCCAUCAAACCCUCCCCUCCCCUCCCCCUUAGACUACCACCUCCCCCCCAACGCGCACCCCAUCCCCGCCACCAUCCCCCCAACAUCCCCCACCACACAGCAACCCUGCCCCCUCACAACCGCCACCCCCCCGCACUUCUUCCACCUCCUCCUCCUCGACCCGCCCUGGCCGAACCGCUCCGCCAAGCGCAAGCGCACCGGCGCGGGGGCCUACACGCCGGCACCCAACACAACCGCCAUCCGCACUCUCCUCAACAACAUCCCCGUGGCGACGCGCCUGGCGCCGGGCGGGCUGGUGGGCGUGUGGGUGACCAACGCCGGGCGGUUCGCGUCGCUGCUGACGGGGCCGAGGGGGGUGAUGGAGGCGGGGUGGGGGGUGGAUGUGGUCGGGGAGUGGACGUGGUUGAAGGUGACGAGUAAAGGGGAGAUGGUGGUGGGGGUGGAUUCGGUGUGGAGGCGGCCGUGGGAGAGGUUGGUUAUUGGGAGGAGGAGGGGUGGGGAUGGGAGUGGGAAUGGGGGUGGGAAUGGGGGUGGGAAUGUGGGUGGAAUGGGGAGUGGGAUGGGGAGUGGGAGUGGUGCGGUGGCGGGGAAGGUGAUUGUUGCGGUGCCGGAUGUGCAUUCGCGGAAGCCGAAUCUGAGAGGGCUUUUCGAGGAACUGUUGCCGGAGCGGUAUGAGGCGCUGGAGGUGUUUGCGAGGAAUCUGACGGCGGGCUGGUGGGCUUGGGGGGACGAGGUUCUCUUAUUUCAGAAAAGGGAGUGUUGGGUUGAGGCAGGGGAGGGGGAGGGGGGUGGUGAAGAGAGUGAUGGUGAGGGUGAGGGCGUGGCAGACGGCGAGGGUGCUGGGACGUGA